CGAGGGACUGGGUGAUGCUGUGUGGCCGGAGUGGACAGGCGGCGGCGUGAGUCUUGCUCCACGGGUGGCUCGGGUGACGGAGGCCCAUACCAGCGCAGCGGCUUUUCCAGCUCUGGUGCUCUCCCGAGUGCGAUUUAACAGAUGAUCGAUUGGUAUACCAUGGCUGGCACUUUCUCCAGCUAAAUCACCACAGCCAUCCCUGGAAGUCAUCACCAGGAGCAUUUUGAAGAGUGUCUGAGACUAAUCGACCCAGAAAAGCAAAAAUGAUCCUCAACUCUUCUACUGAGGAUGGUAUUAAGAGAAUCCAAGAUGACUGCCCCAAGGCUGGUAGGCACAACUACAUAUUUGUCAUGAUUCCAACUCUCUACAGCAUCAUCUUCGUGGUGGGAAUCCUUGGAAACAGCUUGGUGGUGAUUGUCAUUUACUUUUACAUGAAGCUGAAGACUGUGGCCAGUGUUUUCCUUCUGAAUCUCGCCCUGGCCGACUUAUGCUUUUUGCUGACUUUGCCACUGUGGGCUGUCUAUACCGCUAUGGAGUACCGCUGGCCCUUCGGCAAUCACCUGUGUAAGAUCGCAUCAGCCAGUGUCAGUUUCAACCUCUACGCCAGCGUGUUCCUGCUCACCUGUCUCAGCAUCGACCGCUACCUGGCCAUUGUCCACCCGAUGAAGUCUCGCCUCCGCCGCACCAUGCUGGUGGCCAAAGUCACCUGUAUCAUCAUCUGGAUGCUGGCUGGCUUGGCCAGUUUGCCAGCUAUUAUCCACCGGAAUGUGUAUUUCAUCGAGAACACCAACAUCACAGUCUGCGCUUUCCACUAUGAGUCUCAGAACUCAACCCUCCCCAUAGGGCUGGGCCUGACCAAGAACAUUCUGGGCUUCCUGUUCCCUUUUCUGAUCAUUCUCACCAGCUAUACCCUAAUCUGGAAAGCCCUAAAGAAGGCUUACGACAUUCAGAAGAACAAGCCGAGAAAUGACGACAUCUUUAGGAUAAUUAUGGCCAUCGUGCUCUUCUUUUUCUUCUCCUGGGUUCCCCACCAAAUAUUCACUUUUCUGGAUGUCCUGAUCCAGCUGGGCGUCAUCCACAACUGUAAAAUCUCUGACAUCGUGGACACCGCCAUGCCUAUCACCAUUUGCAUAGCAUAUUUUAACAACUGCCUGAACCCCCUGUUUUAUGGCUUCCUGGGGAAAAAAUUUAAGAAAUAUUUCCUCCAGCUUCUGAAAUACAUUCCCCCGAAGGCCAAGUCCCACUCAAGCCUGUCGACAAAAAUGAGCACGCUUUCCUAUCGCCCUUCGGAUAACAUGAGCUCAUCAGCCAAAAAGCCUGCGUCUUGUUUUGAGGUGGAGUGACAGGUCCAGAGUCUGCUGGUGAAGCUGUGACAGAAGCCAGGGCCGCAUCCAGUUAGAUGGCACAGCACCAAAGGAACAUUCACCCCUGCCUCGGAUCUAAGCAGAACAUGCAUUCAAUGGACUGAAGAUGUUUUCUAAAAGCUCUGAAAGAAAACUUUGACAAGAAACCAAGCAAAGCAGCUCCUUGCCGCAUCUUGCAUUAAUAGAUAAUAACUGCCCAAAAGGAAGAGUCGGGAACCGGAUGGAUUUGUGGGUUUGGAAAACAUUUGCUGGCAGAAAUGCAAUCUCCUCAGUCGCCUCUUGCUAUGUUCCUUUUGAUUUCCACAAGAAGGUAUGUAGAGCUUGUUAAAUGUUUAGAAACAAGAGGCAGGAGGUCAAGAUUAUUUGUUCUGCUCAAUGUCCAGAGGGCAAGGAACCUUUUUUGAUCCCUUUAGUCAUUAGUAAUGGCAGCCUACUUGUCCCUGUUACUACACAUAUUAGGCAAAGAUUUGCUGAGCUGUAGUUAUCAUGUUUCAGAAUCCCUUUGUAAAAUUCAGGCGGUGUCUUACUAAUGUCCAGCGCCCCCAACCAAUGCCAGCUAGUGGUGUAUUUAUGUAGCAGUGUUACCAAAGGCACACAUCAAAGUCAAACUGCUUGUAAUAACUGUGACUUCCUAGGUUCUUCAGCUUUACUAUACAUGUAAGAAUUGUAUACCGUCAGUGGUGAAUAGACUACAGGUCAUAAAAUCUGCCUUGCUUUCUAAAAAAAGUAUAUAUUCUCUACAUAUAUGUACAACUACAGCUCUAAACUGUCAUUUGGUGAAAAUCUGGCGAUGUUAUGUUUACCUCAAAAUAAAGUAAUUUUAUGGUAAUGUAUCUAAUCAUUAUUUAAAAUAGAAGCUCGUCUAUUUUUACAAUGACAUGGAUGUAAGUACAAGUAUAUUUUUACUUUGUUUGGUCUGCUUGAUGGUUUAAUAUGGUUAGAUAGGUUUUCUAGCCCAGGAAAGAUCAGGAAGGAACUAGAUUUUUCUGUUGAACAACAUGGGACAGAUUUCACCAUUUUUAAGUUUUUGAAGUUUUUCAUACAAAAACAAAAAUAUUUUCAUUUGCUCAUAACAUUAAAUUAAUACAUUGUUUUACUCAUAUGAUUUUAAAUAAUCAAAUGCCUCUAGUUAUCUGCGUGGUGUUGCAGGAAAUUUAGAAACUUUAGAAAGUAUAAGAUACUAGUCAUAUUUAGUUCUUCAAUACAAAAACAUGUUCAUUUCAGUAUUGUAGGUCACAUACUUAUACUAUUUUUGUACUCAUCAUAUAUACAUACAUAUGUAAAUUAUGAUGUUGGAGUCAUAAUGUAUAAGCAAUUCUAUACACAGGGUUGUCCCUCCUCAGUGAUGUUGCAUAGAAGCUAGUAUCCUAUUAAAUAUACUUGCUCAAACAUUUUAAUACUAUUCUAAAAUAAACAUACCUUAUAUAAUUAGGAAAUCACCAAAUUUGGAACAUUGACCAUUCUUCUAAAAAAUUUGUUGGUAUCAAAAAUUGCACUGUGCUGAUCAUUCAAGUAUAUGAAUCUGAUGAACCCCUCUCACUCCAAGAAGCAGUGGAACCAAUGAUACAGUUGUAAACAUUUUUCAUAUUCCAAUGUAUGUGGCUAAAUAUUUUCCAGAAAACAUAACACAAUUUAUCUGCCACCUGCUAUGUUUGGCUGUAGCUCAUUACAGCCUUAGCAUAAAGGAGUUUACUUGCUGUAAGCAUCCAGAUAGUUUAUACAAGGGCAGGGAGCAAACUAGGCCAGAAUGCUCCCAUGGGACAGCUAGCUCAUUUCUUACCCUGGAAACAUUCAUUGUUCCUACCCCAGGCAUGCCGGGGUGUCCAUUCUGGUCCAGUAAAAUGUGCAAAGGAUUGGGCAAGAUUUAGAAUAGUUGUAUGUAAUAUAAUAAUUAGAAUGGUUGAGAGAUGUUAUGGGCAAGGAGGUUGUUCAGAGACAUUGGUGGACAGAGCAGAACCUCUAACAUCAAAUCAUCUUAUUCUUGGAAAUAAAUGUGGUUACAUGUGCUUCAUAUUAA